GCAUUGGGAGUGGGGGCAGGGGCGCAGCCGAAGGAGUUUUCAUGAAUGGGGAAGGCUGGGAAUUGGGUGGCAGUGUGUCUCGUUUUGUGAAUGGGGCCCCGCGCGAGGGCUCCAGUUACAGCUUCUACCUGGUGUGGCGGCCGCGGCUCGCUUUCCAUUCAUAAAACCAGGGCGGCUGCGCGUCUCGGGGGAGGGGCGCGAGCUCGCCGCGCCGCCCUGGGCGAGCUUUCCUGGGGGCGCCCGCAAGGGGGGACACAAAGGAAGUGCUUUAACCCCCUGGAUGAACUCAAGCCGGCCCUGCAGGCUUCUUUUUUUUUUUAAUUACGUUCGGAACACAAUUUUUCUAGCCCUUGAACUCUGAGAGCUGUUUAAAAGAUCCUCCAGGCCUCUUUUGGGUUCGUUUAUGGCAGUUCAUUUUUUUUUUAUUAAAGGUAUUUUUGUUCUUCGUGGGUGAGGUAUUUUGCAACGGAUGUCAUCACGAGACUCAGAAAGUAUCUACCGCUCCUGUCUUCUGUCCCCCUGCAGACAUUUACAGAGUUCUUAAGGCCACUGUUUAAGAUGACAGAUUUUUGAAGUUUACACAGGGCUGGUUUUCACGCCCCUAAACUCACUGCUGAGGUUGCUCUGGUUUUGCAUGCGGAUUGGUGACACUGGAGAGAGCGGUUUUGUUCUGAAAGUUUUCGCGCUGUUUGGAAGGAGGACCCUUUUCCCCCCAGAAACUACUCAAUGCUGAAGCCUUUCAAAGUGAUACUAGAAAACUUGGAAGCACCAUGGAUGGAUUUUAUGAUCAGCAAGUCCCUUUUAUGGUCCCAGGGAAAUCUCGAUCAGAGGAAUGUAGAGGCCGGCCUGUGACCGACAGAAAGAGGAAGUUUUUGGACACAGACCUGGCUCAUGAUUCUGAAGAGUUGUUUCAAGAUCUCAGUCAACUUCAAGAGGCUUGGUUAGCUGAAGCACAAGUACCUGAUGACGAACAGUUUGUCCCAGAUUUUCAGUCUGAUAACUUGGUGCUUCAUGCCCCGCCGCCAGCCAAGAUCAAACGGGAGCUGCACAGCCCGUCCUCUGAGCUGUCCUCCUGUAGCCAUGAGCAGGCUCUCGGUGCUAACUACAGAGAAAAGUGCCUCUACAACUAUUGUGCCUACGAUAGGAAGCCUCCCUCUGGGUUCAAGCCAUUAACCCCCCCUACCACGCCCCUGUCACCCCCUCACCAGAAUUCCCUACUUCCCCCGCCUCAGGCAGCUCUGCCCACCUCUGUACAGGCCCCUGCGGCUGUCCCAGUACAAGGCAUGGGCCCUGCCCCCGUGCCUCACUCCCUUCAAGAACCUGGGCCACAGCAGCAAACCUUCGCAGUCCCCCGACCACCACAUCAGCCCAUGCAGAUGGCAAAGAUGAUGGCUGACAACCAGUAUCCAUCGGAACAGAGAUUUCAGAGACAACUGUCUGAACCCUGCCACCCCUUCCCCCCUCAGUCAGGACUUCCUGGAGAUAAUCGGCCCACUUACCACCGGCAAAUGUCAGAACCGAUUGUCCCUGCAGCUCCCCCACCCCCUCAGGGAUUCAAACAAGAAUACCAUGACCCGCUCUAUGAACAUGGGGUCUCAGGCAUGCCAGGCCCCCCAGCACAUGGGUUCCAGUCACCAAUGGGAAUCAAGCAGGAGCCACGGGAUUACUGCGUUGAUUCAGAAGUGCCUAACUGCCAGUCCUACUUGAGAGGGGGCUAUUUCUCCAGCAACCAUGAGGGUUUUUCAUAUGAAAAAGAUCCCCGGUUGUACUUCGACGACACUUGUGUGGUGCCUGAGAGACUGGAAGGCAAAGUCAAACAGGAGCCCACUAUGUAUCGAGAGGGCCCCCCUUACCAGAGGCGAGGUUCCCUACAGCUGUGGCAGUUCCUGGUCACCCUUCUUGACGACCCAGCCAAUGCCCACUUCAUUGCCUGGACAGGCCGAGGCAUGGAGUUCAAGCUGAUAGAACCUGAGGAGGUUGCUCGGCGUUGGGGUAUCCAGAAGAACCGGCCAGCCAUGAACUACGACAAGCUCAGCCGUUCUCUACGCUACUACUAUGAGAAGGGCAUCAUGCAGAAGGUGGCAGGCGAACGAUACGUCUACAAAUUUGUCUGUGACCCUGAUGCCCUUUUCUCUAUGGCCUUCCCCGACAAUCAGCGUCCAUUUCUGAAGGCAGAAUCCGAGUGCCACCUCAAUGAUGAGGAUACCCUGCCACUGACCCACUUUGAAGACAACCCUGCUUACCUCCUGGACAUGGAUCACUGCAGCAGCCUCCCCUACGCUGAAGGCUUUGCUUACUAAGUUUCUGAGUGGCCAAACCCUAGAGCUCGCAGUUCCCAUUCGGGCAAAUGAGGGCAGUGGUUUUGUUUGUGUUUUUGGCUGUUCCUAAAGCUUGCCCUUUGAGUAUUAUCUGGAGAGUCCAAGCCAUUUCUGGAUUGGCACCCUUAAAGACAGAUACCUUGGUUAAAAAGGAGUGGGAACAGGGAAGGCAGAAAACCACCAAGGGGAAGGGGCUGGUGCCUUCACUCUGAUUCCGACGAGGUUUCUGGAUAGAGAUUGAAAUGGAGCCUCCUUACCAUGGACAAUAUAUGCAGAGCAAUACCUUGUUCAGGUUAGUACCCGCCAACCGGGAGAGAGAGUGACAAUCUUCAUUGAUCAUGGACUCCUAAAUGCCUUUACAGAGAAGGGCUCUGAUUUGCACAACGUUUUGAAAAAUCACAAACCCAUAGAAGAGUAGCUAGGCUAUUAGUUGGGGAGGCUCAAACCAUGAAGGGUUAAAAAUAACAUCCUAGAAUUCGGAGCUCAAUCUGAAACAUGUCCCCUUGGUGUAGAAAGAAGUUGGGAAGGUCAGAACCGCUGUUACCCACCCCGUGAUUCUCAAACAAUAAACCAUCGCAGCCCUCGGGAACCUUCUGGCCACGUAGUCACCGAGUGGAGCAAGCUCCCUUUCUCUUCCCAGCCACGUGGCCGUGUAUGGAUGGCUUUAAUUUUAGGAGAAGGGCGGUUAACGCUUUUGACAGUAUUUUGUUUUGCUUUGAUUUGGGGGAUGUUUUCUUUUGGUGGUUGAUUUGGGGAAAAAACAAACAGUUUAUAAACUGAUUUUUGUAGUUUUGGUAUUUAAAGCAAAAAAAAAAGAAAAAAAAAAAACCUUUUGGUAACUAUGCACUGUGUCGUUUAGACGGGACCG